AUGAAUAGAAUCAUUAGAUUUGGAUUUGCCACUUAUGAGUCAUUGGUGUAGAAAUUAAGCAGUGCUGAUAGUCCUGCAGCUGUCUUACAAAUCUUCCAACAAAACAAAGAUUUGUUUAAGCAAGAGCAUGUAGUGCUAUCUUUGAGGAUGUUGGGUAGAUAUAGUAGAUUAUUGAGAAAUGAUAGCGAAUAUUCCGAAUUAACUAGUAAGUUGAAUGACAUAGUGGAUUAAUUAACUGAAUACGAUGUAAUCGAUGUAUUGUUUUGGAUGAGGAAAUUCAGAUAAAAUAGAAUACCUACCUAUUUCCAUUAACAGGCUUAAACGAAAUUAUACUAGAGAAUUCAAUAGAUGUCAGAGAAUCAAAUGUUCUCAUUUAGAAAUAUGUGUAAUGUCUAUUUCGACUUAACACUCCUUAAUCACUCAAAUGAACAAUUGGCAUAAUCAAUCGCUGAAUAAAUCCUUACUACUAAAUAGCUUUCCCCUUUCCUAAUCAUCCAACUCUUCAGUUCCAUUGUGGUUAAGGUUAACAAUUGCUCACUCUCAAGAUAUGACGCCUAAAUCCUUAACAACGCAGUCAAAGUAGUAGAAGAUAUCCUAGAGGAAUUAGACGUUGAAUAGAAAUCUUUACUCUUCAAAAGUCUUGCUGAAGUACAAUUUCAAAACAUUGGACCAAAGUAUUCACUACCCAAUAUAAUUAAGUAAUUGAAGGACUUAUUGUUAUAAAAGAUAGAAUUAUUAUAGGAAGACUCAGUAAUUAGCAUUUUUAAGGCUUAUUAAAGUUUACCAAAAUACUUUGAUCAAGAUCUUCAUAAAGAAUUGAAGGAUAUGAUUUAAACAACCAUAGAUUAGAAUCCAAAUAAUUUAUCAUCUAAGUUCUUAAUACUUCUUAUUGAAAAAAUCACCAACUCUCAUGCAUAGAGAUACCCAUUAGAUUUGGUCAAAAAGAUAAUUGGAGAAUUGACUUAGAGAAUCUCCAAGAAGGAAGUAGAAACACAACACGUAGGCUAAUUGUGUUCUAGUUUGUUGAAAUAAAAGAAGUUCGAAGAUUUGGUAGCAGUUUUGAAAGACAGUGGAGAGAACAAUCUUAAAAUCCUCAAUUAUUUAUUUGUGAACGGAAUCAACAUGAAAGAAUACGUUGAGUAAUACAUUUAAGCUUAAGACUCAAAGAGAAUUAACACCUACAAUGCUUUACAUUAUUUGAUUUAUUCUCAUAGAGAUGCAUAAGAACAUGAAGAAAAAUUCAUGGCCAUUUGCAAAUCAGUUAUCUAAUAAAACCCACAAUCUCUAUUGAAAACUAGCCUUGAAAUCAACAUCAAUUCUCAGAUCAAGGCUUAAGUUCAAGAGGAGGCAUUCAUGUAAAUCAUUUAAAAUGUCAAAUAAAAAAAGAUUGAACUCUCUAAAGUGUUGAAAGAAUUACUCAACUCUUGCUUUAAUCAUAAAUGUAGAUAGGCUUUGAUUUAAUUAAAUGAAUAAUCGGAAGAAAAAUUACAACCAAAAACAGUACUAAGCAAGGUUAUAGGAGAUAUGAGUGAUUUCGAUUCUGAUAGAUUAUCAAUAGUUUUGUAAUUGAUACAAAAAGAUCCAAAAAAUAUCCCAAUUUUCAAGUUUGUUGAUUAUUUAACUUUGAAUGUCUAAAAUCUCUAUGGAUUAGUAAGAAGUGACCAAAUCUAAUGGGUUUGCUAGGUUUUAUUAGCUGCAUUUUUAAAUUAACCAACUGCCAGAUUGAAUGCACUAGUCAGCUUUGUUGAAAGAUUUGAAAGUGCAGGUUACAGCAGCAGAUAAUUGACUUAAUUAAUUAAGAAAGUUGCUGAAUAAUACAGAACAGCUAAUCCAUAAACUCCAUAUCCAGAUUCAGCUUUUGUUUAAAUCAUGAUUAACUAGGGUGUUAUGACACCUGAAGAUGCUGUAAUCUAGUUGAAUAAUGAAAAAUCUUACUAUUCCUUAAAAGUCUAGUUGUGUGGUAUUGCACUACAAUUAGAUAAUCCUCCAGAGAAUGUGAUUUAAUUAAAAGACAAAAUUAAGGCUGACUGUUAACUUGAUUCCGAUGAUAUGAAAUUUAAAUAGAUUUAAGAAAUAGUUGCCUUAUUCAGAUUAACACCAAAUGAGACUGACAAAAUCAAAAAUCAACUCAAGAAUAUCGGAUCGAAGUUGACAUAAAGAUAAUAUUUUGAGUUGGUUUAGAAUGCCAAAGAGCCUACUCUCAUCAAGGAAUUGGCCAUUAUGUUCUCUUAAAUUGGUACUAAAAUAGGACUUAUUAAAUUAAUUAAGAUUGUCGAAAAGUUUUAAAAGAAUAAUGUUGCAAAUCAGAUGAUCUAUAAUAUUUUAUUAGAAUAAUAUGGUCUGUAAUUCAAUAAUACCUUUAAUGAAUUGAGAGUUCAAAUUCUCACCAUUUUAGCUAAUGGUAAACUUAAGUAAGUCGAUGUCUUUUAGAAAACACUUGAAAAGCUCAGUAAAUCUCCUUAAUUCUAUAAGGCUUACUAUGCUGAUAUUUUAGAAUCUCUAAUUUAAUUAGGUAUUAUUGAACCAGAUAUUGUGAAUUUGAUUAAAACUAUGGCUGAAAGAUAAAAUCUAAGUAAUCAAUCAAUUUUGAAAUUGAUUCAUUAUUAUAUUUUGGCUGAUCAACCUCUUGAAGAAAUAGAGAAAAUAGCAAAUAACAUGGAGACCUUUAAAGCCAAAGAGACCUACAGAAUUAAUACAAUCUAUGAAAUAUUGAAAAGAAUGUAUCCAGAUUCCAAAGCCACCAAAAUUCACGAACCCCUAAUCAAUGAGGAGAAAAUCUAAUCUACUUCAAACAGAAGUCAACAUACGUCUGAGUACGUUCAAACUCUUUUACAAGCAGUAGGAGUUCAAGCAGAAAUGAAUUAUUAAAUAGACAAAGUUCAAAUUGAGCUUUAUUUACCCUAAACUUAAUAAUCAAUUAUGGUCUUAACUGGAUAUAACUUAAAUUACGACAAAAUUACCUUAACUGGAUAAGGCUUGCUAUAAAAGAAGUUAUACAACCUUCUAUCUAAAUAAGUCAUCACUAUCAAUUUUAAAGAAUUGGUUGACAUAACUAAUUAUGAGGAUAAAGUUAAAUAUUUAUAAAAUUAAGGAAUUGAAAUUAGCGCUGACCCUGCUACAGCUGAUUACAGCGCAUUCAAUUAAGUUGAAAAGAAAGAUAGCCAAAAAAGAUCAAAUCAGAAAAAAUAGUAAAAAUAGUAAAAAUAGCAAAUUGACCAAGAUGAAAUUCUUGAAUAUGUAGAAGGAUAAUGAGUUCUUUAGUAUUUCUGUUAAAUAUUAAUAAAAUAAAA